UCCCGCCAUGGCUGCUGUAACGGAAGACUCGGCCACGCCAGGCCUUCCCCCGGUCCGCUUUGGCGACAUGACCGAGGACGAGACCGCCGCCCGCAUCAAAAUGCUGCUGGAGACCGAGGGUGAGGCCAGGCCGUACCUCCACGACGCCUUCCCGGCCUCCAACGUCCUCGUCGAGGGCUCGCCCAUGCCCGACCUGUCGCUCCUGCGUCUCGAUGGCUCGCCCGCCGCCCUCGGUGCCGACAUCAUCAUCCCGGCGCUGGACAGCUCGCACGCCACAGGCGUUCUGGCUGCUGCGGCGGAGACGCCGCUGUUCAACGUCUACAUCCGCGAGGCCCACGCCGAGGACGACUGGGCCAUCGAGGUCAACACCGACGAUGACGUCUGCUUCCCGCAGCCCAAAUCGACCGCAGCCCGGCUUGCUGUUGCCAACGACUUUGUUGCCACCGCCUCCCUCGAUCCGGCUGCCAUCCUCGUCGAUCCCAUCGAGAACGAGGCCGAGGCCGCCUUUGAGGCCCGCCCCGAGCGCCUCUAUGCCAUCGCCCGCGUCAGUGGCGUCCUCACCGUUGUCUUCCGCACUGGAAUCGGGCCAUAUAUGUACUCGGUUACCAAGCUCAAAGCCUUCCUCGACUCCUGUCGAGCGCCGCACUGA